AUGACCAAUGGCGUAAAAAUUGAAUAGCAAAACUAGGUACCGGGUGGUUUCAAACACCACAUGCAUAUAAUGCGGCGAGUCGACCAAACCUAAUACGCAUACGCUCGGUCGUGGUUACUAUGUGCCUUGAGUAACAUGUCUUCUUCUUCCUCCUCUUUUUUUGGUAACCUUUCUAAUUCUUCUCUCUGUCUUGUUGCUCUCUUUGUCUAAAAAAUCUCUUUUGUCUAAAAAUUUCUAGGGCUUUCUCCCACCUCCCACCUCCCACGCAUGCAAAAUCUCAAAUUAUAAUUUUUCUUUAGGUUUAAAUAUAUAAAACUAAACACAUUUAUCCUAAGAUCCUGAAAGAAAUCAAGAUAUGAGGUUGAGUUGUAAUGGAUGUAGAGUUUUGAGAAAAGGGUGUAGUGAGAAUUGCAGUAUAAGAUCAUCUUUGGCUUGGAUUGAAUCACCUGAAUCUCAGGCCAACGCAACCGUGUUUCUCGCUAAGUUCUAUGGCCGUACCGGUCUCGUCAACCUCAUCAACGCCGUUCCGAAUCAUCUCCGUCCUGCCAUAUUCCGAUCAUUGUUGCACGAAGCUUGUGGGAGAAUCGUGAAUCCGAUCUACGGUUCGGUUGGUUUACUGUGGUCAUCGAAAACGAUACAAGACCCGACGGGCUAAACCUAAACGGGAGGAGAAAUCUAUUACAGAUCACGAGUCGUCGUCGUUGAGCCACAAAAGCAAUGGGAAAGAGACGGUUAAGUAUCCGGUAGAGCUGGAGUUGAAGCUGGGAAUUGAACCGGUUUUGAAUCACGUUGUUGUUGUUCCGGUUAAGAAGAGGAGGAGGAUGGGUGUGUUUCGCACGUGUCUGGUGGAGGAGGAUACGUGUAAAGAAGAAGACUGUAUCUUGGAAAGAUAAAUAGAAGUCAGUUACGAUAUAGACACAUGUCAAAAAUUUGUAUUGGAUUCUCAAGUAUUGUAAGAAAUACAUUGAGCGAGCGUAAUUAAUAAACUUAGCAGUUCUCUUGUUC